CACAGAAAUUAUCGAUAUAACACAACAUUUUAAAUGUUUAUUAAAGAUUUUUAGUUUUAACGUCUAACGAAUGGCCAUUCGUCAGCCAUUGGUAACUAUAGUGCGUGCUGGCCGCCAUAGUUAUACCGCUGGUUUGGAGCUACAGAGAAAGUUGGCCAAGUCGACCAAGAAUAGGCCGGAUUUCGGCGUUUUCCGUAAUUAUAUUGUACUCCAGGAACAUGAUCCUGUCUACACGAUUGGCAUACGCACCCGUGGCUAUACGACAGAGGAUGAGCUGCGCUUACGUCACCUGGGCGCAGAUUUUCACCGCACGGAUCGCGGUGGUCUCAUUACUUUCCACGGUCCUGGCCAGUUAGUCGCGUAUCCCAUAUUGGAUUUGCGUCAGUUUAAGCCUAGUAUGCGGUGGUAUGUCGCCACCCUGGAACAGUUGGUGAUUGAAACAUGCCAACAGAUGGGCAUACCAAAUGCAGGAAGAACCCAGGAUACGGGCAUUUGGGUUGGCGACAGAAAGAUCUGUGCAAUUGGCGUACACGGGUCUCGUUACGUCACCACUCAUGGCAUUGGCCUAAAUUGCUGCACUGAUCUCAAAUGGUUUGAUCACAUAGUCCCCUGCGGUAUUGAGGGCAAAGGAGUAACGUCCAUAACCGAGCAGCUGGGGAGGCACACAAGUGUGGAUGUGGCUAGUGAAGUGCUGUUGGCGAAAUUUGCAAAAAUUUUUGACUGUCGCCUGGCCGAACAAUGUGACGAUAAUGAAAUUUUCUAGUAAAUCAAUAUUAAUUUCUAAUCAAAGCGUGAUUUAUUUAAAUCGCAUUUCUUGGCCCGACUAUCGGAUGGGACUUUGCCUCUUCUUUGCAUUUCAAGGCGUCCCUGCUCCCGAUGUUCGGCUUUGCGCAUGCGUCGAUCCUGACGCGACUCCACACAAUUGUUAAAGUAACGGUCCCGAAAAUCCUCUGAGGGAGUGGCAACGUGUAGGGGCGGUACGGACCAAUCGCUUGGCUCCGUUUGGGAGCAUUUCUCGUAAGUGAGCAGACGUCGUGCCGUUUGACCCGUCAACAAUUGCUCUGAAUUUGCCACAAGUUGGAGAUUACGAUGCUGCGGUAAUGUAGCUUCACUGUAGUCCUCUCUAAAAGUUAUAGUCGUAUCUUAAUCGAGUAAAAUUAACAUGAUAAAUCUGAUAUACCGAUGAAAUGGAAGCCAGCAGACGAGACGACCGCCUAUUCUCAAGUGCUUUGAUGCAAAAUCGAGUAGAUCGGCAUACAACUGCUGCAGAGCAUAAUGCGAUGUGGAGGGAUAGUGAGCCAUAUCAGAGUUUCGCGUGCCCUCUUUGACAGUUACCUUUGUUUCCACUUUUUCUGUAGCCUCGCGUAUGCCAUAGGGCGCUGCAAGGAUCAAAAAAUCAAUUUAUUAUUCUGUUUUUCUUUUAGAAUUGUACUCACGAUCUGUUAUGAUGCUGUCAAAUGAUACCCGCGGAUGCCACAGGGGAUUGGAGAAAUCAGCAACUACCACAUCCAUAUAGCGAUCGGCGCAACCGUACUGUUUGAGAUUUGAUCUAAUACUCUCGUCCUUCUCUCGCACCUUUUGGGUUAUACGACUGGGGCGGCAGCGGGCAUGUAGCAUCAUGUAAUCUAUAUCGGCGCCCAUUACAUAUCCGCCAAAUUUAGCUGCACUUACUAGCAAUGAGCCGGUGCCCACAAAGGGGUCGAAGACCAGAUCUCCUGGAGCUACCAGUGCUUGGUUGGCCAUAAGUAGACUCAAUUGGGCAUCCAUGCUGGUGUUGCCAAUAAAUUUUCGAUGCUUCAGUGAUAGGUCCUUGAUUAAAUGCCUCUGGCCUGCGGCCAGUAAGCGUCCGAAGAGUAUGUCAUCUGGAACGGGCGGCACGGCCGUGGGAUCCAAUCCCCAGAAUUCAAUAUACCACCACUCCACUUUAGGAUGCUUAAGAUCCACAGGACCAGACAAUGGUCUCCACAGUGAUCUUAAAGCUCGUGUUGGCUCCAAAAUGUGCCUCAACUUUGGCUGGGUGCGAUUCCACAUGGUUGCGAAGUCUUUCAUGAAACGCGUGCAAUGUUUGGCCGUGGGCAUACAACUCGAAGAUGGCACGCAGGGCAACGGACCUGGAGGCAAACUGCAGGGCAGUCUCGUCAUUGGGAAACUCUACCAGCCAAAACGGUUUC